CUCCCUUGGCUGGGGGAACUUACACAUUCGACCACAUGGUGUCGCUGUACGCCACGAAGUGAUCCUUCUGAACGAAAAACGCAGAGCGGCUCCGGAGAGAAUCUCCAUUGUGUCAUUGUCCAGAAGCGCCGAAAAACAAGGAAAAUAGCAGCGUUGGAUCAUAGGAAUUCCGGGACGAUUAUCACGGCAUUUCCGUCCGGAAAGCCUGAUGCGGUGACGGACACAACGCGAGGUGCGUUUGCGAUGGUGGUCUGCAAGGGCGGAGGCCGGGGGAGCCGGUGGCGGCGGCUGCUGACCGCGGUCCUGCUGCUGGUCACAGCCUGGGCCGGGGGGAGCGGCCAGCUCCAUUACUCGGUGCCGGAGGAGGCGAAACACGGCACCUUCGUGGGCCGCAUCGCGCAGGACCUGGGGCUGGAGGUGGCGGAGCUGGUGCCGCGGAUGUUCCGGGCGGUGUCCCAGGGCCGCCGCGGGGACUAUCUGGAGGUGAAUCUGCAGAACGGCAUCCUGUUCGUAAAUUCGCCCAUCGACCGGGAGGAGCUGUGCGGCCGGAGCCCCGCCUGCAGCAUCCACCUGGAGGUGAUCGUGGACAAGCCGCUGCGGGUCGACCAUGUGGAGGUGGAGGUCAAGGACAUCAACGACAACCCGCCCAUCUUCCCGGUAACACAAAAGACUUUGUUGAUUGCAGAGUCCAGAUUACCGGAUUCUCGGUUUCCGCUAGAGGGCGCUUCAGACGCAGAUAUCGGAGCUAACGCUCUCCUGACUUACAGACUUAGCCCCAGUGAGUAUUUCUCACUGGACAUACAGACAGGUGACGAAUUGAGCAAAUCUUUGUCACUGGUGCUAAAGAAAGCCCUGGAUCGGGAGGAAGCGCCCGAGCACCACUUGAUAUUGACGGCCACAGAUGGGGGCAAACCGGAGCUGACGGGAACGGUUCAGCUGUUGGCCAAGGUGCUGGAUGCGAAUGACAACGCUCCCGAGUUCGACAGGUCCGUGUACAAAGUCCAGCUUGUAGAGAAUGCAAGCAACGGCUCUUUGUUGAUCCGACUCAACGCUUCCGAUGCGGAUGAAGGAUUGAAUGGCGACAUCAUCUAUGCAUUCAGCACCGAUGUUUCCCCUAGGGUUCAGGCCAAGUUCAAAAUAGAUCCCAGAACGGGAGAAAUUCGAAUUAUAGGGACACUGGACUAUGAAGAAAACAGCGUUUACGAAAUUCAAACAGUAGCAACUGAUAAGGGAAUUCCACCAAUGUCGGGGCACUGCAAAGUGAUAGUGAAAUUGAUCGACGUUAAUGACAACGCCCCCGAGAUAACGGUGACGUCCCUGUCGCUGCCCGUCCGGGAGGACGCCCCACCCGGCACGGUGAUCGCGCUGAUCAGCGUGUCCGACCGAGACUCCGGGGCCAACGGGCAGGUGACGUGCACCCUGGCGCCCCCCGGGCCGUUCGGGCUGGUGUCCACCUUCAGGAAUUACUAUUCUCUGGUCCUGCAGGGCCCCGUGGACCGCGAGAGCGUGGCGGCCUACGAGCUGCGGGUGACGGCGCGGGACGGCGGGGCCCCGGCGCUGGAGGCCACGGCCAGCGUGGCGGUGGCCAUCGCCGACGUGAACGACAACGCGCCGGCCUUCGCGCAGCCCGCCUACACGGUGCUGGUGAAGGAGAACAACCCGCCGGGAAGCCACAUCUUCACCGUGUCGGCGUGGGACCCGGACGCGCGGGAGAACGCCCUGGUGUCCUACUCGCUGGUGGACCGGCCGGUGCGGGAGCGGCCCCUGUCCAGCUACGUGUCGGUCCACGCGGAGAGCGGGCGCGUGUACGCGCUGCAGCCGCUGGACCACGAGGAGCUGGAGCUGCUGCAAGUCCAAGUGUGCGCCCGCGACGCGGGGGUCCCGGCGUUGGACAGCAACGUGACGCUGCACGUGUUCGUGCUGGACGAGAACGACAACGCUCCCCUCGUGCUGCCGCCGCAUUCCGGGGCGGCUUCCGCUCCCUCGUGGUCCUCCGCGGAGUCGAGCACCCGGUCCGGCUCCCCCGGGGUGUCUCCGUCGGGUCCGGAGCUGGUGCCGCUGGGGGCCGGGCCGGGGCACCCGGUGGCGAAGAUCCGCGCGGUGGACUUGGACUCGGGCUACAACGCGUGGCUGGCGUACGAGCUGCGGGCGGCGGGCGGCGGGGCCGGGCGCGGCCCCUUCCGCAUCGGGCUGUACACGGGCGAGAUCAGCACGGCGCGGGCCCUGGACGAGGCGGACGGGCCGCGGCACACGCUGCUGGUCGUGGUGCGGGACCACGGGGAGCCGGCGCUGCGGGCCACGGCCACGGUCAGCGUGUCGCUGGUGGACCACGGCGGGCAGGACGCCAAGGCGGCGGCGGCGCGGGCGUCGGGGGCGCGGGCGGUGGGGGCGUCGGUGGGCGGCCCGCGGGCGGCCCUGGGGGACGUGAACGUCUACCUCGUCGUGGCCAUCUGCGCCGUGUCCGGCCUGUUCGUGCUGACCGUGCUGCUGUACGCGGCGCUGCGGUGCUCGGCGCCCCCGCGCGGGCUGUGCGGGCCCGGUCCGCCGGCCCUCGUCUGCUCCAGCGCCGUGGGCAGUUGGUCCUAUUCUCAGCAAGGUCGCCGGCGGCGACCCAACGCCUGUGCGGGGGACGGGGCCGCCAAGAGCGACCUCAUGGCUUUCAGCCCCAACAUGCCUCCUUGCCCGGGAUCCCGGGACAGCGGGGAACAGCCAGGGAUCGGCCCAGAGGACUCGGGGAAGGUGAGUGUCCGUUCCGGGUCUUCUGGUGGUAGUUCAACAUGCGUUGAUGCAAUCGUCAACAUAAGAAGGAAUCGGAAUAUCUUCUUAAGAAGUCUUGAAGAAGUACGGAAGUGUAAAAUGAGCAGUUUGGUAAAGAAUAAGAGGGUAGCAAGGAAAUGCAACAAACGGCUGGGCAAAUUACUUACCGAUUACAUCCACAUGGUGUCGCCAUCCACCGCCAGGUUGCACUGA